AUGGAGGAGCUACUGCGUACUGCGGCCUGCGUAUUGGACGAUCCGGGAAGUCAGUUCCCCCAAAGUGGAGAGGGGGAAAGGGAGGUGGUAGCUUGGUGCAGGUGCAAGUGCAGUGGUGCUCAAGCUACGGCCAAGCCAGACCAAAAAAGUGGAAGAACCAACCAAACGCCCCUGGCAAUGGCCCUGUGCAAGCUGCCGGGUCCCGUCAGUUUGUCCCUGUGUCCCGGUGUUGGUGAGGUGGUGGUCCUGCUUGUCCUGUCCACGGCUGUCCUGUGUCCUGGUCCUGGGGAGGGUCCCGUCCGCUGGGCUGGGCAGGGCUGGCUGGGGCUUGCUGGACCCGUCACCGGGAAGGUAACUGGGCUGAACUGUGAACACCGCCCCAGAGUGACCUUACCUCACACUGACACAGCUGGACUGCUUGCUGGAGGCAGGCAGGCAGGCAGGCAGGCAGUGGAGGUUAGCUGUUGA